AUGAAAAGCAGCGACGUUCUCGGCCUGAAGACUGCCCUUGCGAACGCUCGCAAGAGCUACGACGAAGGCGGCGUGCCUAUCGGUGCAGCGCUGGGACAUAACCAGCGCAUACAGAAAAGCUCUGCCAUUUUGCAUGGCGAAACUGCUGCGCUGAAGAACGCAGGAAGGCUCAAAGCCGAGGUGUAUCGGCAAUCCACGAUGUACACUACCCUGAGCCCAUGUAGCAUGUGCUCGGGAGCGAUCCUGCUCUACAAGAUCCCUCGUCUCGUGAUUGGCGAGAACGCGAACUUCGUAGGUGACGAAGAUCUCCUGCGAAGCCGAGGUGUGGAAGUGGUCGUGGUCGAAGACGAGGAAUGCAAGGAAUUGAUGAGCAAGUUCAUCAAUGAGAAACCUGAGGAAUGGUUUGAAGACAUUGGUGAGAUACCGGAGGAGCACAAACUUUGA